AUGAAGCCAGUGGUGAUCAGACUGUCUCUACAGAGACCUCUGCAGCACAGAGAUUCAGCCAUGACACCUACAAUCACUACAGCUAUGACCUACUCUAAGGAGCCACAGACUCUGACCCACAAGCUAAGAAAACCACUGGUGGAGAGGUUUCGCAGAGAGCGCAUCAACAGCAGUAUUGAACAGCUCAAGUCACUCCUGGGUCCAGAGUUUCUAAAGCAACAGCCCGAUUCCAAGCUGGAGAAAGCAGACAUCCUGGAGAUGACGGUCUGCUUGCUGAAACAGCUGCAGCAGCACCAGCCAACACGCCUUUCCUCCAAAUCAGUAUCUCUCAAUCAAGGUUUCUCAAAAUGUGUCAAAGAGAUGGUGUGCUUUCUGUCUAAAGAUGAGGUGAAGACACAGUCCCACAAAAGACAGCAGAAUCCUCUCCAGAACCUGCAAACAUCUGACACCUACAGGUCAGAAGCCAACCUAGCUCCUCUGAGCUCUCAAGUCCAGCCCAGCUUGACCAAAGAUAAGAAUCAAAUCAACAGCUUUCUCUGGAGACCUUGGUAG